AUGGAUAAACCGCCCCCAUCCAAGAGGCCGCGCCUGUCCAUGGCCUGCAAUGUCUGUCGACAGCGGAAGGUCAAAUGCGAUGCCGAAUAUCCCAAGUGUCGGAACUGUCGCAUCCGCAAUCAGGUCUGCGUCACCACUGAUCCCCAGCGUCCUGGGGUGACGGGGUUGCGAGAAUGGUUGGAUUUACCAGCGAUGAGCAGUAAUGAGGUGCAUCCGCAAGCAGAAGCCACUCCCUUGUCGCAUAGAAGCGACGGUCCUCUACCCACCAGCCAGCUAACAGCAGCAGCAACAGCAGCAGCACUAGACGAGGUCUCGCCGGUUCACCACCCUUUCGACGGCGUCAGUGUGGAAGAUGGCUGUGAGCGCAAAAAAGUCCUUGGCGGGAGCAGCUCGCAAUGUCUCGCUAAAUCUCUAGAUGUAUACUUCACGGCUGCGCGACUGAAGCCGGUGACGGGGUUUUUCCGCCACGGGUUGCGGUUCGCAGAGGAAUUAGAGCUCCCGCUGUGUCUAUCACUGCCCGAGUUGCCGGACUCGGAAGUUCGACAGCGCUAUCUGACAGCGUUCCUGUCGCGAAUCCAUCCGCUCUACCCUAUCUUUCACGUGGAGCGGCUGAAGGCCGGAGUGGAGCAGCUGGCUGCGUUGGCCGAACUGCGACAUCUGUCGCAUGAAAACAUUCCCCGGCUCGUGACGGUGUACCUGGGACAAACGGAGGACGGAGACCGAUAUUUACUCGCAGCGGCGGGUUUACUCUCACAUGUCAUCACCAUCCCGUACUUGCCCGCCGUGCAGGCGCUGUUGCUGUUCACAAUUGUCUACCGCGGCCGCAACAAGGAGGGUCUGGCAUGGCAAACGCUGGGCAUGGCGAUCCGCGUCGCCUACACCCUGGGGCUGCACCGGCUCAGUGGCGCAGCCGCGCGCAGACAGUACAUUCACCGUCGGGUGUGGCUGAUCUGCUGGUCUCUCGAGAAGAUGAUGCAUCUGGAAUCCGGCCGGCCGAUGGCCAUCUCCAUCGAACCGUGCCAACCAGCGGAGGAGGACUUCCGUCCUGAGGACCGGUUCCUGCGCUGGCACGUCCAGCUCGCUGACUAUCAGGGGAACAUCAGCCAUCAUAUCUACAAUCAUCACCCCCGCACGACGAGGACAGCCCGCCAGAUCCUGCUGGAUACUGCCCGUCUCGAUCAGGAGCUGCUCUCGUGGGCAAACCAGAUCCCGUCAGACCUACGACCGGGUAAUGAUAUCUUCUGUCCAAAGGAAGAGUUCCACCAUGUCACCUUCUUAGCCAUCCAGUACCACGAGGCGAUGAUCUCAUUGCACCGCGCCGCGCUGAUCGCGCCGACGGCGACCUUCGACGACGAAGUCACGCGUUACUGCGCCAACGAGCCGUCGCAACACCGGCUGCGCAACGGGGAGUCGAUCUGUGUAAACAGUGCCAGGGCGAUUGCGAAGUUGAGCAUCGAGCUGUCGGAGCGGGAGGCGGACUCACAGAUCAUCACGGCGGGGCCAUCCAUCCUGGCGUGCAUUGUACUGGGAAUAUUCCUGAUGAAGCAUCCCGGCUCAAAGCUGCGAGCCAUGGACCUACAGUUGCUGAAAGCGUGUCUCGGGUACACGAGCGUGCAGAUGUCGAAACAUGACGCGGAUCCGCGGUUCGUCGAGGGUCUACAUAUCAUGUACGAACAGAUAUCCGCCUAUCUCCAGUCGCACAGCAAACCAAGCCAGCAGAGCGCCACAGCACAGAAACCCCCGCCGUACUCCUCCCUGACUCCGACUCUCCAUGCACAAGCCGCGAAGCCCGUGACCUCGCUCCCUACUCCGUCGGCGUUCGAUGAUAUCACGCCUACCACCUGGCACCAGAUCGAAGAUGACCUCCGUCGAGAGAGGUUUGCGUCCGCGAGGUCCGAGGUGCCGUUGGCCGGGGCGGGCCAGUUCUCGCCGGGGCUUAUGGGGGGUGUUUCGUUGGUGGAUGGGUUCGAGGACCAGUAUUAUCCGUUCGCCGGGUAUAAUGUUGAUGAGCUGUGGAAUUGGAUGUUGUAUGGCGAAUCGCCCGAGACUAGUGUAUGA